CGGGGCCUCGAAACCAGUUUCUCAUUUGAGUAUUUCAUGGUAGAACCGCCGCCAUCUUUCCCCAUUUGUUCUGCCACAUUCAAGCCAAGAACAUCAGGUUCCUGGUUAAAGAGAGCUAUUUGGUCCUAGACUAGAGAUUGGAUAGCAAUUCCUCCCCGAGUAACGAACUCCAUUGGCAGCGCUCUGCCCUCUUUCUAAAGAUUGGUUCGUGGCAAUCGUUUGAAUCAAGGUUUGAGCCCUUGAGGAACCCCCCAUUGUCCACUAUUUUCAAGCAGCAACAUGAAAUGCUCCGCGUCGAUGUCGAAACAAUCUGACUGGGUGCUAUCCCAGGGUCUGACCAAUCUCAAGUGGGAAUCUCCCGUCGUUCACACUUGUGCCUUGAGCUAUUUGGAUUACACCGACUGGCUCCAACUCUACACGUAAAUCCCCUCCCCCUAUGCCCCCUCCCAACUUGCUGUGUGUAGAAUUUUGGAUCGGAGUGUUCCGAGCCCUAAUCUAGAUUCCAGCACUCAUCCCAUCAUAAUCAUUAUUUGCCCAUCCGUUUAACCCCCACCCCCCGGGCGCUCACCGUGUGUUGCAGUGUGAAACUGCCGUGUGAGGUCGCCCAAAGACUCCAAGAUCUGUGAAAAGGUCGCCAGUGAGAUACAGUGUGGAACUGUGGUGAACCAUUUUCCAGAUCGACGUCCCUCCCUACCUUAUCCUCAACAUUAUCCCCAUCCUUCUCCUCCCACUCCCGCUCCCACCCCGUUUUCUACUCCUUAAACUUCAAUACUACCUAUAGAGCUGACAAGCGCUUUAAAAAACAGUGUGGAACUGUUUGCAGUGUGGAACUGAUCAAGUGUUUUGUUAGUGCUCUCAAGAAGUCGUCAAGGUCAAUUAUCAAGUGCCUCUGUCUCCGAACGACCUAAUAUCUGUCAUCCAUCCAAUCACGGACAACCAACCUACAUGUCUCAUCGAUUGAUUCCCUUCUCUCUGGUGCUGACCUCUACUCCUCAUCAAACCGAUCCCCAAGCGCGUUUCUUCUCCGAGGUCAUUCCACCUCUCAAGGCCAAGAUGGAUAUUGCCACAAACCCAGUGAUGAAGUCCUUCCUUGCGGGGUCCCUUUCCGGUACCUUCAGCACCAUCUUGUUCCAACCACUCGAUUUGGUCAAGACCAGGAUUCAGAAUCAUCACCAAUAUGCCACCGCCAAUCAUGCCCUGGCGUCUUCGGCCACAUCCGGAGGGCGACUCGUUCACUCCUUGAGCAUGUUCUCCGUGGUCCGACAAGUGCUCAAAAGUGAGCAUAUCACCGGGCUUUGGCGGGGCAUCAUCCCUUCGGUCACGCGAACGGUACCCGGCGUGGGUCUAUACUUCAGCUCCCUCCAUUGGCUCAAGACCCACGUGGCCAACGGGAACGACAAGCCAUCGCCCUUGCAGGCCAUCGCCUUGGGCAUGACGGCUCGCUGCAUCGCCGGCACUCUCGUCAUCCCCAUCACGGUAAUCAAGACCCGCUUCGAGUCGGGCACCUACCAAUACAAGAAGAUGAGCCAAGCCUUCGUGCAGAUCUAUGCGCGCGAAGGCGUCCGUGGCUUGUGCUGUGGCCUUAUCCCCACCUUGGUGAGGGAUGCGCCCUUCUCCGGCCUCUAUCUGAUGUUCUACACACAACUGAAGCAACAAGUUAUUCCCAGGCUCGCUCUGUCUGGACCCGAUAACGGGCCCAUCAACGGCUCCAAAGCCGCCCUGUCGCACUUCUCGUGCGGCAUUCUGGCCGGGUUCUUCGCCUCCAUGGUGACCCAUCCGGCGGAUGUGGUCAAGACCAAAAUGCAACUCGAUCCCAAGAGGUUCAACUCGGUGUCCAUCACCCUUCAGCAGAUCCUCCGGACCUCCGGACCGCGCGGACUCAUGGUGGGACUCGCUCCACGAAUGUUGCGACGAACCCUCAUGUCCGCAUUGGCUUGGACCGUCUACGAGGAGAUCAUGCGACAAGUUGGACUUAAAUAGAACAAAUGAGAUUCUACUAACCCAAUCGAAACGAAAAUCCCUUCCAAUCCGUCGAAGAGUUCCAAGUUUUGUACGACAAUAGAGAGAAACCCAAAUCAAGUCAUAAUAACCAUGCAGUUCUUUUUUCUUACACCUGUUGCAUGUACGACACAGCUAACCCUUGGAUUAACACCUCGAUCGGCUAGAUCAAAUGCAAGACUUGUGAUAAUACGUUGAUGCCAUGCUUGGUAUUCAGCGAACUCUUUGAUAAAUCAAUCCUUUAAUAAAAUAAUUCGGUCAUGUAUAAAACAACAACGUAUAGAACUUGGCCGGCGUCUAGUUUG